AUGACUAUCACUACUUUGAUGAAAUUCAUCCUAGCCAAGUAUCCUUACUCGAAGCUUUGUCAUUGUCCCUACCCGAAGAUGUUUUCUGGAAUCUUGAAGGGCAUCGCCUUACUAAUUCUCAUCCUGUUUGUUCGCUUCAAAUAUACUCACUCCUUUCUGCACAAGACAACGAUCUUCAAGACACCUAAGCAAUGUCAUAUGAUCAUCGCCGCAGAUGGCCAGUUCUUUGACAAAAGAAACCUGUUGUCGCCCUACGAGGCUCGCACAUUUUCCAACUCCCGAUUCAAAUCAGCUUUCUGCAUCCAAAAUGCGUUCACGAGCUCUGACCAAGACUUUGUGAACGAGCAUGUGAAAAAUAUCAAGGUGCUCAUAAAUCUGACUCCUCUGGAGUGGAAUCAUCUGUCCCAGUCUCUCCAGCAGACUGCCCGCUAUUGGGUCAACUCAUCAGAGGGCACAGUCCACUUGGCCGGCAUUACUCAGACUCUUUCUCUGCGGUUGGUAUUGGUGGGGGUAUGCAAGCUAGAUUCCAGGAUCUCAGUUUCUGAAGACCCCUACUUUGCUGACUUUGCACGAUGUAUCAACAAAUCUUGGAUUUUAGCAAAAGGGCCUGAUAUUCUUCCCUUUGAAGACAAUGAAGAGCUACAAGACUAUAUCGGUAUUUUCUUUCCUUCAUGUGGUCCAAUUCAGCCUGAAGAAAAUCCGUUGAAUGUGAUCCUUCCGGGCUAUGAGACUAGUUGGAGAGUGGCAUUACGAAUGUUCCUCGAGAUUAGGCGUGCUGAAAACCAAGUUUGGGUUGAUAAGAUGGUGAGCUUUGCCCUUCACCCUACAAAAGUACAGUUCCAGGACAAUAGCGACGGCAUUUCUGCCGAAGCAUUGCUCUCUGAGGCCCUUCGUCUGUAUCCACCUACCCGACGCAUCCGUCGCACGUUCCGCUUUGAAAAUGGCAGGAAUGGUGCAGUUGAUGAAGACACAUUCGCAGCAGAUAUUGAGGCCUGUCAUUUGGACAAAAGUAUCUGGGGAACAGACGCUCUGGAAUAUAAGCCUUCGCGAUUUGCUACAUUGACCGAUGAACAGAAGGAAGCUUACAUGCCCUUCGGCAGUUCCCCAUUCUUAUGUCCCGCGAAGCCUGUCUUUGGGCCUAGGAUGAUCGGGAUGGUGGUCGGGAUCCUGUUCUUUGCAUUGCAGGAGGUAGGGAGCUGGAGGCUAGUUGGAAGGGAUACACACUCUGCUAAUGGCUAUGUGUCUGGUGAGCGAUUGAACAACGACCGCGGUGCAUUUGAUGAUUUAUUACUGUAUCUGAAUACUAAAUGA